CUCGCCGGCGAGGGAGGGGGUCAUGGACAGCCGGCCCACCGGCCAGCCGUCCGUGCCUCACCCCUGCCCCAGUGUGAAGCAGCCGCCGCAGGUGGUGCUGCAGCUGAAGGUGGUGGGGCUGUUCAAGGGCAUCCCGUUUCAGAUCGCCAGGUGCACAGCAGAGUGUCUGAAGAGGGCUCAUCCAGACAAAUUUAAAGACCCUAUAAUGGUUCCUCUUCAUGAAUUUGCAUGGCAUGAAUUUCUACAAGAGACGAAAAGGGAACUGAAGGGUGAAACAUGGCAAUACCCUUCCACUGUGAUGUGUUUUAUUAAUGAUCAGCUUUUGGGCAAUGAAGGCUGUCUGCAGAAAUGGGCUUAUAAGAAAUGGGGUCAAAAGGAUUUUAAGCCCAUGCCGCUUUAUGAAGCUCUUACUUCGGAUUAUGUGGCAGAUUACUUGAAACAUUCCAAGCGUCCCAUGGUCUUCUUGGAAAUUUCAAUAAAUGAACAGUCCAUUGGAAGAUUGAUAUUUGAGCUCUAUGCUGAUCUGUGCCCCAAAACUUGUCAGAACUUUCAGAGCUUAUGCACGGGGAAUGCAGGGUUUUCUCAAAGUGGUUUAAAAUUGCAUUACAAACAUACCAUUUUCCAUAGAUUAGUAAAAAAUGGUUGGUUACAAGGAGGAGAUGAAAACUUUGCAGUGCCACAUGAUAAAAGAGGGGUUCUUGGUAUGGCCAACAAGGGACGGCACACCAAUGGGUCACAAUUCUAUAUCACACUACAGAAAGCUCCUUAUCUGGAUCGAAAAUAUGUAGCUUUUGGGCAACUGAUUGAAGGAACAAGAGUUCUUCAAAUACUGGAAGUAGUGGACACACUGAACGAAAGACCAGUAUAUACUUGUAGAAUUAUCGACUGUGGUAAUUAUCGCUGAUAACAUAAAGACCAAGAUUUCCUUCUCUAGUUUACUAUUACUUUUCUUAUUAUCUCUAUCUAGAUUUCAAUAAAUGAUUUUGGAAAAAAAAACUGGGAGCCCAAUUUAUUUUGGAAUCCUAAAAUAUUCACCCUAAGUAAAUAAAGCAUU